UUAUGCAUUUGAUCUCUAACGCCUUAAUUGGACUGUGAGAAAACGCGUUGUUGUGGUGUUCGUUUACGAACGCGUUUUAAUGUAGGCUACGUGUUUCGAUGAAACCGGAUAAUUUAAAGGCGCUAUCCUGACGCCAGCAACUUUGUUCAUCUGACAGUGGCAAUACCGCAUAGGCUAGAGAGGAAAAUUGGCAAAGUACAACUAAUCCGAUGCUGCAGAAUAGAGCACUUGCUUUAGCCUGGACGGAUAUUUAACAUAGGAUUGAAGAGAAGGAAGGAGAGAAGAUGAAACUAUUGGCCUGGGAUAGACCUGACUAUACCAGAUGCAAAGGCUAUUGCUCCUGAAACUCCGAAAUCGUGAGACCAAACGAUAGCACGGAUGGUUUUGCGAGUAUGACUGCCGCAAAAGCCACCACAGGAGUAGGCGACUCAGGUCUCCCCCGGGACAGUGACAAGAGAAGUGCCAGCAGUGCCUCACCUGCUGGUGCAACAUCACUGGUAGUGAAAAGCACAAGGGGAUAUUCGUUAGACGACUUUGAUACGGUUGCUACUGUUGGGACAGGUACAUUUGGUCGUGUGGUUCUUGUCAGAGACAGGAGAACGAAGCGUUAUUAUGCACUGAAGUCCAUGAAGAUUGCAGAUGUGAUUAGGUUAAAACAAGAACAACAUGCCCACAAUGAAAAAGAAGUUCUUAUGGAGGUGAAUCAUCCCUUCCUCGUCCAACUCUUUUGGACCCAUCAUGAUGACCGGAGUCUUUACAUGCUGAUGGAGUAUAUGCCUGGGGGGGAGCUUUUCAGCUAUCUACGCAGCAAGGGCAAGUUCAACAAUGCCACUGGACUCUUCUUCUCAGCGGAAAUUGUGUGUGCCAUAGAGUAUAUGCAUGCAAAGGAGAUUGUAUACAGAGACUUGAAGCCUGAGAAUAUACUACUGGACUGUGAGGGGCACAUCAGGCUCACAGACUUUGGCUUUGCCAAAAAACUUGCGGACAGAACCUGGACUCUGUGUGGUACUCCAGAGUACUUGGCUCCAGAAGUCAUCCAAGGCAAAGGUCAUGGAAUAGCAGUGGACUGGUGGGCUCUGGGGGUGCUCAUCUUCGAGAUGCUUUCUGGGCAUCCUCCCUUUUUUGAUGACAACCCUUUUGGCAUUUAUCAAAAGGUUCUCUCUGGCAAGCUGGAAUGUCCUCGCCAUCUGGAUUUCUAUGUGAAAGACCUCAUCAAGAAGUUACUUAUUGUUGACAAAGCAAAGCGACUGGGGAACCUAAGAAAUGGAGCUGAGGAUGUUAAGAGACAUCGAUGGUUCAAGGCUGUUGACUGGGAUGCUGUACCACAAAGAAGACUUAAGCCACCCAUAGUCCCCAAAGUCACCCAUGAAGGAGACACAUCCAACUUUGACUCUUACCCUGAGGAGAAGCGGAGGAAGGAGCCUCCUGUGUCUCCAAAGGACCUGGAGACGUUCAAGAACUUCUGAAUGACCAUUUCACUCUCUCACACAAUAUUACUCCUGUAUGGUACUCUAGCUGUAGAGGAAAUGGAUAGGAUUGUAUUGCUCAAUGACCUGCAGAGUAGUCGGUUCAGUUGGGGGCAUGUACUGUAACAUGGCUUGAUGCUGCAUGCAUGUGCAGAUCAUUGUCAGUUGUUCUUUUAAGUAGGACUCAAAGCAGAUGUGGCAAGGAGUUGCACCAUAGUUUCUCUUUCCCAGAGAAUCACUAAGAGGAGAGACCCUUCCUCUUGUCUAUUGUACUGUAUUCACAUGGUGUUUGACCAAAGACAAAGAAGUGAUAUUUGCCUUCCACAAAGGACAAUGGAGAUCAAACACCUAAACCUACAGAGAAUUGACUGUUUAUGAGGUGGAAUUUAUACGCUUUAUGGUGGCACUGUUGAGAAACUGUAGGACUGGAGAGACAUUUAUAGAUGCUUCACGAGUGCUCCUGGUUUCUUGCAUUGUUUGAAUGCAUUCCAUGCAGUGGCAUGACUAAAAAAAGGUCUCUGUGGGUUCAACAAAUCCUUUCAGUCAGAGAGCUUUCACAGUCACAGUAAAUUUGUAUUUGGCUUCUUGAAGAUUAUUUUUAUUUUGGUGCUUUGUGUUCUCUAGCGUACCUACAUUAUUCAGGUCAUCCCUCGCUUGCCUGCAGUCUGUUUAAGGGCCAGGGGUCUGGUCUUUUGGCCUCUGGUUACAAACAGUAGGUUUAAGUGGACUAUUCUAGACCUAUUAAAAGUAAUGAGCUCCACAAAAGCUUGGUGGAGAUGAGCCCCUUUAUUCUUUACUGGGCUCUCUCAGACAUCCCAGGCAUGUGGGGACCUCUUCUAUUAGGGCACAGACAUGUGGAAGUUCACCUGGCCUGAACACUGUCACCUCAGGAGGCUUGUUUACUGGCAUAAGGGCAACACAGACUGUGCAGUAAUGCUAUCAGUAUUCAGCGUUGGUGUUGGACUGAUUCUACCAACAGCUUCUCCAGAGAAAUAGGUUGCACUGUGUGUCUUCUUCCUAAUGUUAUGGUUAUUUGAAGGACACCUGUUUAUUGUUUGCUCGCUUUGACAAAAACAAGCACACAGAGUAGCCAAAGGCAUUGAUAAAUAUAUGAAAACUACCUUACAAAAGCUAUAAUUAUUCUACAGAAUUGUUUUUACUGUGAUUUGUAUGCAGGAAUAAAUGGUAUGGAUAGGUCGACUAGCUCUUUUCACUGCAGUAGAUCUGCAUUUCAACACUCAUUCUCGCUGCAGAUGGACUUGUAUAAUGUCUCUGUUUUAUGUCUGUCUGUAGAUGAAUAAACAUUUGCAAGGACAGUAAGUGGAAAAUAUAGAGUUUAUGGAUUGUUGUCAAAGUCUUGAGAAAGAGCAGCUACUGCUCAUCUGAAUCCAGAUGUGUUUUAAUUAAAGUGACCUCCCAUCAGAGGUGGAACUCAUUCAAGUCUUUUGUCGAAUGACAGAAGCACUUCAUGGAGCUCUUUCAAAGCCUCGAGCCACAUACAGAGAGAAAGCCAAGCGUAAAUGCAAUCAAGAGACGUUGGAGAUCAAUUGCUGUUUGAUUGCUCUAGCCACAUUGAGAGGCUGCUUGAGACUCAUUGUAGCCAGAUGUUGAAAAGGUACAAACUCAUCCUUUCCAAGCGGUGAUCGUCAUCCUCGCUCCUCUCAGUAGCAAUAGAGCCUGCUUACUGCACUGAGGAGACAGAUGGACUAUGGAAGUUGUACCAUUUUCACCCUGUUCUCAGUCAACAGAGUUAUUAUACAUCCUGUAACCCAGAAUAUUGCAUGUCAACACAUGUUCUUUUUUACCAUGUUGGUGAACAAAUGUUCCUAUUCUAUCUUCUGUUGAAUGACAGGUAUGUGUUGUUAGAUAAUGGUGCAUAUUUUAGUGUAAAAGAAGUGAUCUAUGUUACCUUCCAUGUUGGAGAUUUGAAUAUAGUCAGGAUGAUGGUAUAGCAGUAUGGCUGUCUGCCAUUAUUUCCACCUGUAUGUGGAUACGUGGAUACAUUAUAUAUUAAUAGUGUGUGAAUGUGAGACUCAUGAAAUUAGAACUCAACACAAGGACCUCUGUGUGUUUUAUUCAGAAGUUUGUGAGCACCAUAAUUCCCCGCCUAUAAACUGAACUAUAUACAUUGAUUUUGCAAAAUUUCUUGGGCUAUGAGGUUAAUACACAGGGGAGGGCUAUACAUGGGAAUGCAUGCCUUUACUUCAUUCUUCUCUCUGAUUAAAGCACUGAUCUGAUUCUGAUUUAUUGGGCUAUUGGGCGCUGUGGUUAAUACACAAGUGAAGUCAAUACACUUUUUAAAAAAUUAGUAUUUGCAUACAGUCAUGCGGUUUGUACAGAGCAGCUAAUACAUGGGACAUUACUGUGUGUGUGUGUGUGUGUGUGUGUGUGGGGGUGGGUGGAAUUUAAUAUCUGUUAAUGGCCCAGCCAUGCAUAUGUUAUUGUAAUGAGUAGCAGAUUGUGGAAAUACAUGUAGUGUUUUUGAAGCAUGUUAACUGGAAUGCUGUGAACCUCUGGUUUCAUGUUCCUAUUUCUCUCUGAAUAUAUGAUGCCUUGGCUAAAUGAAAUCGUUUGGCCAAUAACUAUUGUAAUAAUCCAAUUAUUCUCUUGAACACGAAAAUGAGCUCUGGGUUGAAAAUGGCAAAAGGUGUUGAAAUUGCUCACAUGUUUAUUGUUAGUCAGACCUCCUCUGUUUGAAAUAGUUUCACUGUGUGAGUAAUUUGUGCUUGGUGGUCUGUUCUCUGACCCAAAUUUCAUUGUGAGUGCACAUGUAUACCCACACUGCUGUGCACAGUGUGUCUGUUUGGGUGUUUACUGUAGCUUGGGCCUAAUUUACCUCCGCGCAGCAAAGUGCAUUAACUAACCUGCAUCGCAAGUCUGUUUUCAUGUGCUUUUAUUCCCUCCCUUUCCUCCACAAUUAUUUAUAGCCAGCAGGUUAUGUAAGCAGCACACAGCACCGUUCCUGUCCAGAUUCUGACAAACAGUUGGUAAAAAGCUUAUUUCAGCACUUGGCAUAUUUUAAACUUGACAUUACAAAAUGCACUUUUCCCUAUAGCUGAGUCAAACACUUCUUUAACAGCUGUUGACCUUGAACAUACAAAACAUAUGUAAAUGUAUGCAUAGCUGUAAUAGUCGUAUUCUAUAAGACCAGCAUAUGCUGUGAAAGAUGGAGUGACAUAUACAUUAAACAAUAAGAUGAACAGCUACAUAAAAUAAGUCAUCAUGGCUGUAUGGCCAGUCAUGCAUAUUUAGAAACAGCCAUUGCCUUCAACAUGAGUUUUCAUGUCCUGGGAUGACUGUGUUUGCAUACCAUACCAUGCCUGUCAGCAUCAAAUAUCUCACAGCAGUUUGAACCUUCUCAAAAAGUCUAUUUUGCUAUUCUGUUUAGUCUUUUUCAGUGCCUUAAAUAUGGCAUCAUGUGCAACUAUACAGCUCAUAGUGUACUGGAGAACAGCACAGUAGUACAGUACAUUCAUGAUUCCAGCUAUCGUAUUCUGGCUGAAUAUGUUGGUAUACUAUUUAGAUUAAAAAUGUUAUAGGGUGAGAUACCAUGCAUGUUUUGCACAU